UCAUCUUUAAUGAGAGCUCUCCUUUAAUGGGCGGAUAAUCAAAUUAUUGUGAUGGAGCUAAAACGAAACCUUGACAGUCAUAUAAUUGGGCCAAUGACGGUAAAACGUGGCUUCACCGCUAAACUGAUCGAUAACAUUUUUUAAGGUACGCGCGUGAAUAAAAGAUAUGGACCCGACAAGUGCGAAAUUAAAAAUGGAAGAAUCUCCGUCGCCAUCCAAUAUUUUUUAUUGGUCUCCUCUGCCCCCUAGGAAAGAGCUGGGAAUCAAAAAGCCCGAGUCAUUAGGGGAUGAUUUGCAAGGGAAGAGAGCGUAUCCCAAUUGCGACGGGAGCAUUUGGUUAAGAUCAUGUGAGCAAGAGAUCGUGGAACCAAUCGAUGGUGAAAUCAAAGGUGAAAUACCAACCUGGUUAAAUGGCUCACUCCUUCGGAAUGGUCCAGGAUCUACUAAGGCUGGAACAGAUGAAUUUCAGCAUCUCUUCGAUUGUUCUGCAUUACUGCAUAGAUUUGGAAUCAAAAUGGGAAAAGUAACAUACCAGUGUAGGUUCCUGCAAUCGGAGGUAUACAAGAAAAUAUGUGCAGCCAAACGACUGGUGGUCACAGAGUUUGGGACCAGAGCCGUGCCAGACCCGUGCCAAAGUAUUUUUCAAAGAGUAGCUACGGUUUUCGACUUUUCUUCGGACAUCUCGGAUAACGCAAUGAUUUCAAUAUACCCAUUCGAUGACGAAAUAUACGCUUUCAACGAGAUCCCAAUCAUACACAAAGUAAACCCCACGACCUUAGAAACGGAGGGGCAAGUUAAUGUUAAUAAUUAUGUCAAUAUUGUCAAUCACACUUCGCAUCCACACGUUACGCAUGACGGCGUUUACAAUUUAGGAAUGUCGGUAUAUGCGUCUGGACCAUAUCAUAGUAUCGUUUAUUUUCCUAAAAACACAUCAGACGCCAAUAAGGAAUCCAUGUUUGCAAAAACGAAGCUAGUUGCGUCAGUACCCGCAAGGUGGCCGUUGAAUCCGUGUUACAUGCACACUUUCGGCAUCACGCCAAGCUAUUACAUCAUCGUGGAACAACCACUGUGUAUCUACUUGCCCGAGUUGAUAACUCAAAAAAUUAAAAAGGAACCAAUGGCGGGUUGCUUGAAAUGGUAUUCGGACGAAUACACUCAGUUUAGUGUUUUAUCGAGACACACGGGCAAGUUGGCUUAUACAUUUUUCGCCGACGCAUUCUUCUACCUUCAUAUUAUCAAUCAAUAUGAGGAAAAGGAUCACAUAGUGGUGGAUAUUUGUGUAUAUAGGGAUCCCUCGAUGAUCGAAUGUAUGUACAUCGAAUCCAUAAAGACGAUGCAGUAUAACACUAAUUACGCGAAGAUGUUUCGAGGUCGGCCGGUAAGAUUCGUUUUACCACUCAAGCCGGAAGCGUAUGACGAGGUCGGAAGUUGCAACCUUAUAAAAUUGGACGGCACAGAAGCUAAAGCCUAUUACGUCGACAGAGGACGCAAGAUACUUGUAAAAGGCGAGAGGCUGUGCGAUUUGGGAUGCGAGACACCUAGAAUAAGUUACGAAAGAUUUCUCGAUGCUUUUUUACUCUAUCGCUAAAAGGAAAGGAAAGAAGGAAAGGAAAGAAAAUAAAUGUCGGUAACUCCAAAAUGGCUUAAAGGCUUUUCGCAGAGUAUCAAACGUGCUAUGAUUGAGAUGAAUGCGAUUGAGUGAGUACCCUACUACCAGAUGGCGUUUCCUGAUAUGAUGGCAAGAAAAAUAAUUUUCUGAAAAAAAAAUUAAAUGCAACAAUAUGAAUUUUUGUUACUUCAUUAGAGACUCAAACCAAGAGGCCAACAACUUGGUAAAAAUUGCAUCUCAAUAUCUAACCUAACGCAACCCUUAUAAAUUAUAGAAACUAAACAUUGAUAACACACGAAAAAAUCAAACGUCUUUAUGAAUGUUCAAAGUGCCUUGGCUACGGCAUAUCGAAUACGAUUAACUAUAUUUUCAGGGGUACUCCUUCUUUUUCAACUGUUUCGCUAAAUCUGGUCUAAGAAAUUCAAAAUUUCGUGAGAAAAGUGUGGUGGACAUCUAUCGUGUUGAAGCCACAUAUCUCUUCUCAUUUCUAAGGGAACGUUUUCUAAUAAAAUCGGCAAGCAAUCUAACUAUACACCAGUGACUAUUGGAGUGCCCCAAGGUUCGAUUUUGGGACCUUUAUUGUUUAAUCUUCAUGUAGCCGAUAUGAAUGAGCGUAUCAAAUAUUUAGUGACGCAACAAAUGCGGAUGAUUCUCACACUUUCUUUUUUUCUACGGAGGACUUAAAACGUUCUCAAAUAUACUUCAAUCUUGAGUUGAAUAGCGUAUCUGUAUAUUCUAUGGACCGUAACCUCAAACUCAAGGCCUCCAAGUCUUGUAUUCGUCUAUUUAAUAAUGAUAAAAAUAUUUUAGACACAAUAACGGGGAGUUUUGAGCCUUGUUGUCAUUGUUUUAUUGUGCGUAUAUUGUUUAUAGGAACUCACUACUCACACAGCUUAUGUGUGAUUGGUCUUGAGUGAUGAUUUUAGAAAUCACCCUCUCUGAAGUUUGGCUAUGCACUCAAAUAAAAAUUUCUAUAAUAUUAAAAUGGUGGAAAUUGUACUUUAUUAAUUUGCUUAAGUUCUUUUAAUUU